CAAACGCACCUACAAACACCAAAACCACAACAGAAACGACCACAAACACAGUCAACCAACUAAACAACAAAAACACGCUCCCGACAACCAAACCUACAAGUUGCAAACCACGUGACUUGGAGUCACUCACGCGUCAAGCGCCGCGGGCGGUUUGUUUAUGCUUUGCUUUCUGCUGCUGCUGCGGUUGCGCAUAUUUGUAGGAUUAUCUGGAACUAUCUGAGAUGAUGACAUCCGACGCUGAUAGCACCGCGCACGAAGAGUAUCCCCCGGACGAAGGCAUCAUGGGUGGUCCCACGCCUCUCGCGAGUCUCGAGGGAGGUGGAAUCACUGCUUCUGAUUUGCGCAAGGUGCUCGAGGCUGGGUUUAAUACUGUCGAGUCGAUCGCGUACACACCGAAACGUCAAUUACUUGCCAUCAAAGGCAUCUCUGAAGCAAAAGCAGACCGUCUUCUCGCAGAAGCUUCGAAGAUGGUCCCGAUGGGCUUCACGACCGCGACAGAAUACCACCAGCGCCGGAGCGAGUUGAUUUCAAUCACCACCGGCUCGAAGAACCUCGACACGCUUCUCGCCGGCGGCAUCGAGACCGGUUCGAUCACCGAGGUGUUUGGCGAGUUUCGGACGGGAAAGUCGCAGCUCUGUCACACGCUCGCUGUUACCUGUCAGUUACCGAUCGAUAUGGGUGGUGGAGAAGGCAAGUGUUUGUAUAUCGACACAGAGGGCACGUUCAGACCCGUCAGACUUCUUUCUAUCGCUCAACGGUUCGGUCUUAACGGCCAGGAAGUUCUCGACAAUGUUGCCUACGCUAGAGCGUAUAACGCCGAUCACCAGCUCCAGCUUCUGAACCAAGCUGCCUCUCUUAUGGCAAACUCCAGAUUCUCAAUCCUAAUAGUCGACAGCAUAAUGGCUCUCUACCACCGUCCUCACGCUUCGAGCACAACCUGGCGUGCGCGUGGAAGCACUUAUUUUGCUGUCGUUGUAUGUACUUGUAGUUAUAUAGCAGGCGCGAAUAAACCGGUAAACUCUACGAUGAUUCUAUAGUCGUGUAUGUAUGUGGUAUAUAUGUAUAUCAACAACUAUGCAAAACAAAACUAACAAACGCAACGCUUUUGAAGAUUACAAACUAUGUCAAACAACUACUC